GGAAAGUUGUUACGUCCUUUUGCCCCAAUUACAGUUUUCACUGUCUUACGUAUAGAUUCUAUAAACAACUGCCAUUGACUUAAAAUUAGCGGGCCUGGUGCACCAGUUCUGUGCGUACAGAGCGGACCCCGGCCCCUGCAAAGCCUUGCUCCCAAGAUUCUUCUUCAAUGUGUUCUCAGGCCAGUGCGAGGCCUUCAU